GUGUGCGUUGCCGGCGGGCCCGCGGUACGUCCUGCACUCUGACCUGCGGCCCGUAGGUCCCAGCCGGGGACGGAGGCGCCGGUGGGUCAUGCUCCGGCACUCCCCCUCGCUGUGGGAGUUGGUGGAGGAGCACGUUCCGCUCCGGGAGCGACCCGAAGUGAAGAGGAUUCUGGGGGAGGCGGCGGUGGACCUGAGCCUGGAGCUGCGGGCGGAGGUGGGGAGAGGGAAGGUGGCGAUGUUACGGGCACUGCUCCAAGAGGCUCGAUCCUCUCAAGCCCCCAGCUCCCGCCCCAUCUCUGACCCCUCUUCUCUUCUGGCACCACCGCCUCUCCUAAAGGACCUCUUGCGCCAGGAACUCCGGCAGUUGCUCCAGAGUCUCCGCCACAAAGCCAUCUGUGAGGGCAGGUGGGAGCCUCAGGCCUGGGCCCUUUCUCUAGAUACCAGGGACCAGGCCCAAGCUUGGGUCCAGUAUAGCCCCAGGGUCCUGCACUUUGCCUUGGAGGAGCCCACGUGUGAUUUUCCAGAACAGGAGAUAUUCCAGAUGAGAGGUGGUGGGCCCAGCAGCGGUCACAGAGAUCUCAGCAUCAUCAAGGACCAACUGAACGUGUCCAACAUUGACCAGGUGGCCAGACACCUGAGGGGCCUUCUGGAGGAGGAGUGUCACACCUUGGAGAGGGAGAUCCCCAUCCUGCAGCGCUGCCUGGAAGAGGAGUAUAUGAGGCCUUGCCACCCCUCUAAGGGAGCCCUGGAGCCCACCCUGGCAGAGCUAAAGGAACAGAAGAAGGCCAUGGAGCAGGAGCUGCAGGCAUCUGUGGGGCCUUCUUGUGUCUCUCCCAAUCACAGGCAGCGGCCCUUGGGGUCCUCCACACAGGGCCUCAGCCCCCUGCUUCCCCUCUGCGGGGUUGCACCUCUCCAGUGCUGCCUGCCUGCACCUCCUCUGGAGCCCUGCCUUCGACCUCGAGGCCAGUCCACUACCCAUCGCUGGGGACGGCAGCUUCAGUGCAGCCCCAGGGAAGGGCCAGCUUCCACACCUAUGUCCAGUGCAGCACCCCAGGCCCCAGCCUGAAGGGCUGGUCACCGAGUAGGCUCUGGCUUCUGCCAGGACGCACCUGUCUGCCGCUGCCGCCUCAGCUGCUUUGGCCCAGCCAGCUUCAGAUCUGGUCUUGGAUGAGCUCUCGCCGGGACCCCAAGGCUGUUGGUCUGUCUGGCCCUUGCCCCACCCCCUUGCCAGAUCCCUGGUGUCUGGAGCUGAGUGGCCGGGCAUCGGUCCCAAUCAUCAAAGCCUUUGGCCUUUCUCCUCCCAGGCCUCCACAAAGGCCUGGCAGACAGAGGUCUCAUUCCAGCCUGACUCUUGUCCCCUGGGGGACCCAGACAAAGCACAGCAGCCACUCAGAGACACGAAUAGAAAUUUCAUUAAAAUCUAUGGACUUUAAAA